AUGAAUUUCAGCUCCUGAAGCCACAGCUGCGUAAACUUGGCCAGAUCUGGUGACAUUGUAGCCUCGCUGUGUGUUUGUUAGUACGUGUGUGUGCUGAGCAUCCUGGGUGGAUAUGCGGCUCACCGAGGGAAUUUGAAAAGCAAGGGGGGAUUACUCUCAGUCCCUCUCCUAUUAUAACCUCAAAAUGGAUGCCGACGACAGGCUGUGGAGACACCACUGGAUUAGCCACUCUUGCGCUCAUCUGCUUGACAUCUAAGCGGCACAAGCCUUCAAAGUUUGGAUAAUUUAAAAGGCGAAAGCUGUAGGAUGCAGUCUGGAGUGAAGACGCUCUCCGCAGGUGGAGGUGCGUCACUCUGCUGCCUGCUGCUCCUCUGGCUCAUCUACUCCCAUCUGCUCAGAGAGGGCCAGUUGGCGGUGGGAACCUGCGAGAUAGUGAUGCUCAACAGAGACAGCAGCGUUCCCAGACGGACCAUCGCCAGGCAGACUGCCCGCUGUGCCUGCCGGAGAGGCCAGAUCGCCGGGACCACAAGGGCGAGGCCGGCCUGUGUAGACGCGCGAAUCGUGCGGAGCCGUCAGUGGUGCGAGAUGGCUCCCUGCCUGGAGGGGGAGGUCUGCAGCCUCCUGUUCAACCGAUCCGGCUGGACCUGCACCAGGGGCAGUGGUCGCAUCAAGACGGUCACGUUAAACAAUAAACAGGAGGCACGCAGCCAUCAUAACGUCAUCAUAUCACCUUUGCCCAAGGAGCCGUCGUAGGAUCCAGAAACAGCAGGCUCAUUGACAUCUAUGAUUCAAAAAGGAACUGAUGCCAGUCACUACAACCGAACAUUGUGUCCAUUCACCGACGAGGCUCCAGGACUUUACACCAGGUCUGACCUUCAGUAAAAAAAUAGAAAAUAAAAAAUUACCCCGAGCAUCUCCAAUCACCACAGUGAAAGACUCUUGGCAGACACGUCUGAGAACUCUGAGAAGUCUCAAGUGAGCAGCGUAACACACCAUCAGCAUUGAAUCUUCACUGCAGAUAAAUUCACAGACACAUGAUAGAACAAAAUCCUUAUAAGGAACAAUUAUGAAGAGGGCAGUGGAAUAUUCAUUGAAGUACUCUACCUUUUGCUUUUUGUUAGCUACCGCCUGGUCUGCAGGGGACGGCUCCUUGAGGAUUUUUCGUACCUUUGUGGCUUGAUUUAGACUUUGUCAGAAAGUCUUUCAAAAGUCAGCCCCUUCAUCUUCUUAACUGUCACAGCUAUGAAGCUGUCCUGGGUUAUAUUCCAGCCAAGUUUCUUUAAUGACAGCUCGCUGCUAAAGAGUCGUGGCUUUACUGAGGUUGAGCCAGGCCGUGUUGUCCAUUGGAUUCUAGCCUUUUAACACCUUUCUCUCAUUUGGCUGGGUGAAACUUUACAAGGCCAUAGCCUCCAAAAUCUCUGCAGUCACAGUAUGGAUAAUGAUGUGAAUGUGAAAAAGCAUGAAAGUCUAUAGGAAUGAAGAGAAGAGAGGACACAUGAGUUGAUUGUCUUUCCUCAGUAAAUGAAGGUCAUGAUGGUGAAAUGUGGACAUUUUGGAUGACUUAGCUUAUAACUUAUGUUUUUUUAUGUGGUGCCAAAAUAGACUAGAAGAGUAGUUUUUGUCAAUGAACCUUACACAUCUUGUACACACCACUGGGAGCAUUUAGCAGAUGUGGACCCCUGGCUCAUUUUAAUGGUCUAUACUUUGUGUGUGUGUGUGUGUGUGUGUGCGUGCGUGCGUGCGUGCGUGCGUGCGUGCGUGCGUGCGUGCUUGUGUGUGUGUGCGCGUGUUUGCAUCUGUCCAUGUGUGAAAAUGUACGUGUGUGUAUGCUUGUGUGCCUGUGUGUGCACAUGCAGAGAUACACUGUGAAAUAAGUCAUAUCCAAUACAUUAUUCAUAUUCUUGUAUAUUUUUGGGACACGCCCAGACCAGAGCUCACCAUCUGGCAAAAAGAAGCAUUUGUGAUUUUACAGAUGUUGGAUUUCAUUUAAAUCUUGGCAGAUGAUUCCUGUGUUUUCCUCUUUUUUUUCCUUGUUGUCUUUUCUUUAGUAUAUAGAGAUAUUUAUAUUGGGGAAAAUAUUACUGAAACUGGGAAAAAG